GGCAGCGGCUGAGUUUCUGGGCCGUCGUUUGAUUCCACCAGCAUGAAACAACGAGUGUACGGGCUCUUCUUGAGUCUUGACAUUUGAGUGGACAGAAUCGAUCCCAAUAUGGAUAAAGUCUUGAAGGGUGCAGUUUGUUAUGUCCUUCCAUGAUGAAAUGAACCUACUUUCUUGUUCAGUGGAGUGGUGAGAUCACCACACCACCUUCUUAGAUUGCUUUCUUGAACGCCACCUAUUCCUAGUCAUCACUCGCUGAGAGUUCGAAGACGGUUGGAAGAAGAGAAUGCCAACUAUCAAGCAACAAACCUUCAAGCGAUGACCUACGACUGCAUGUUGGCACUUGCGGUUUAGAUUGAAGCCCAGUUCUUGAUGAUUCGAUCGACCGAAGGCCGCCUCAGCAAGUGAUUCUAAAACAUUAAAAGUUGCUAAUAUGCACUUGGUGGAAGCUGCCAAACAAUCCGAACCUUCGCAUACUGUCCUAUGAGUCGCGCCAACCCAUCACCGAUCUCCUUCACUCACGCUUCUCUCAGAAUCUCCCGCUGUUCAGCGAGUGUCUUGUCGGUGACAAUGGAGGAAGAGAAGGAGCAAGCGUUUGACGCUGGAAAAGCCGCGUUGCUGGUCAAGGAGCUGAGGAAGAGCUUCAACUCGGGCAAGACGAAGAGCUACGAAUGGCGGGCUGCUCAGUUGCAGAGCAUAAGCAAGAUGAUUGAUGAGAGGGAGAAAGAGAUCGUCCAAGCUCUUCAGCUCGACCUCUCCAAGCCCGAGCUGGAAGCGUUCGUGUCCGAGAUCUCUAUGACAAAAUCAUCGUGUCAGAAGGCCCUCAAGGAUUUGAAGCAUUGGAUGGCACCAGAAAAGGUCAACACUUCGAUAACAACCUACCCAUCAUCGGCAGAAAUAGUAUCGGAACCAUUUGGGGUCGUGUUGAUCAUAUCCACAUGGAACUAUCCUUUCUUGCUAUCUCUUGAUCCAGUAAUUGGCGCCAUAGCAGCUGGUAAUGCCAUCGUCCUGAAGCCAUCGGAGAUCGCUCCUGCAACAUCUUCACUGCUUGCUAGAUUACUUAGUGAGUAUGUGGAUAGAAGCAUAAUAAGCGUAGUUGAAGGAGCGGUUCCUGAAACAUCUGCUCUGUUGGACCAGAAGUGGGAUAAGAUAUUCUACACAGGUAGCACGAGAGUAGGGUAUAUUGUCAUGGCCGCCGCAGCAAAGCACCUUACUCCUGUAGUUCUGGAACUUGGAGGAAAAUGUCCUGCUAUUGUCGAUUCAAAUGUUGAUUUAAAGGUUGCUGCAAGAAGAAUGCUAGCAGGGAAGUGGGUUUGCAACAACGGGCAAGCUUGCAUAGCUAUCGAUUACAUUGUGACAACAAAGUCAUUUGCUCCGAAAUUGGUGGAUGCUCUACAACUUGCGCUAGAGGAAUUUUUUGGGAAGAACCCUUUGGAGUCGCAAGACAUGUCCCGUAUAGUGAACUUAUAUCACUUCAAACGUUUGGCUAAACUCCUCGACGAGGAUGGAACCUCCGAUAAGAUUGUCCUGGGAGGGCAAAGAGAUGAGAACAACUUAAGAAUAGCUCCAACUAUCUUGCUUGAUGUUCCUGAAGACUCUCUGAUCAUGCGAGAGGAAAUAUUUGGACCGCUACUGCCCAUUCUCACUGUUGACGACAUAGAAGACAGUUUUCAUAUUAUCAACUCAAAGCCAAAGCCUCUGGCGGCAUAUCUCUUCUCCGACAAUGAUGGUUUGCAGAAGCAAUUUGUCCAGAACAUAUCUGCCGGAGGAAUGCUCAUCAAUGACACCGUCCUGCAUCUCACAGUUCCCACUCUUCCUUUUGGCGGGGUCGGAGAGAGUGGGAUGGGUGCGUACCAUGGGAAAUUUUCUUUCGACGCUUUCAGCCACAAGAAGGGAGUACUGUACAGAAGUUUCAAAGGAGACGCCACCACAAGGUAUCCGCCAUACACGCCAGAGAAGCAAAGGUUGUUGAAGGCAUUGUUAAGUGGCAACAUCAUCGGCAUCAUCCUUGCAUUACUUGGAUGGUCCAAGGAAUGAAGUGCCUCGUACAUUUGUGGCGAUGGAUAGCAUAGCACAUUAUCAAGAUUCGAAGUGAAGUAAACGACACAGAAAACAUGCGAAGUUGAAAUAAUAAUGUGGAAUGACUCGGGGCAAGUAAUUUUCAGACCCUGUUUCAGUGUACCCUUGUUGAAUCUUGAUCAUUAUAUAGCUUCACCUCAGAAAUCAGAGUUGCUGGUAGCAACCCACGAAGAGAGACAAGUCAAUCAAAGACGAGAAUUUUGUAGACUUUCAAAUCCAAAGUUGAUUGAUGUUCACAUCACUCACGGGCUAAACAGCCACUGUUUCUCUUUCA